AUGGAUGAUAUGAUGCCGACCACGAAGAAAUAUCCGCCCUCUUAUACCGCGCAAGUGUCGGAAAUACGGAAUGUUCGUUAUCAGAUGAUUCACAUUCAGCCGCUUCUUUAUAAAAUCAGUUGGGACCCCGGAUACCUGGAUACUGAAAUGAGUGGUGAAUCUGGCCAAAACAGUCUGCAUUUUUCCCGAAAUACUUCCAAGGAGGAAACAGCUAUCCAAUUGGAUUCACCGAGAAAAUACAGAGUCGUUUGGGGUCCCAAUCAAGACCAAGCAAUCAACUCUACUUUGUGGAAGAAGUCACCGGGACUUCGUCCUCGCAUCAAUCCUAUUUUUACUGAGACUAAAGUGUUGCGGAAUGGGGAGACCUCUAUAUUGCUGAAAUCGUUGAAACCAGGAAAACAGUAUGUCGUGAUGGUGCAAACUCUUGCAAGCACACCCACGUCCAACAGCAUAGAUACCCUGGAUUCGAAAGAAAUUUCCUUUACGUCUUCCAGUGAAGGGCUUCCGUCGUCCAUGCACAACAUGGCAGACAAACAGUCGAUGCGGAUUGGCCGCGAAUUUUACUUGUAUUUUGAAACACCGAGGUCAAGCCCUGCAGCGGAAUCUUUGCGAUUGGUGCAACGGAGCAUGAAUAAGUUUCAUGGAACUUCGCCCAUUUUCAGCCCGGUGAUAAUUUAA